UUGAAUAGGAUGAUGACUAUGGAAAUCCUACAAGAACUCAAUGAGAAGCAACAGCAAGCCGCAGCGCACACCGACGGCGCGAUGCUGGUUGUAGCGGGACCGGGCACCGGCAAGACGAAUGUUAUUACCCACCGAAUUGCACAUCUUAUCCGAAACCAUCAGAUAGCACCGCAGCAGAUUUUUGCCGUUACCUUCACGAACAAAGCCGCACAGGAGAUGCUUGAUCGGAUCAAGGAGCUGCUCGGCACAACGCAAGGGUUGGAGGUCCGUAUCCACACCUUUCACGCCUUUUGCGUCCGUCUGCUCCGUGAACACGCAGAGACGAUUGGGUUGGGAGUAAACUUUGCUAUUUUCAGUCAGGAGACACAAGAAGAGGUAUUAAUCGAAUGUCUGCGCGAACUUGGUCAGAACCGGCUCACCUAUCCCCCGUGGAUGCUGCGCGACAUCAUCGGCGCGUACAAGAUAAAGUUGGAAGAUCCAACCGCUGAUCGAGACGAAAUUCGGCUGGGCGAUGGGACAGUUAUCAACGACCCGGUGCAAGUACAAGACAUUCUCGACCUGCUCAAAGCCUAUCAGACAAAACUCGCCGCUCAUAACGCCCUUGAUUUCGAUGAUCUCAUCUCCAAAUCAGUCGAAGUGCUUGAACAGGUGCCUGAUGUUCGGGCAGAGUAUCACAACGACAUCCGUUUCAUCCUCGUCGAUGAAUACCAAGAUAUCAACGCCGCGCAGUAUGCCUUGCUCAAACUCCUUUCCCGUUCUCCCCAACAUAACGUGAUGGUCGUCGCCGAUGAAGAUCAGUCUAUCUAUAGCUGGCGCGGUUCUAACCCCAAAUAUAUUGAACAAUUCAAGAAAGACUUUAAUCCGUCAGUAGUUGAGUUGGAGGAACACUAUCGGUGUAGCGAGAGGAUUCUGCGCGCUGCGGGGGCGGUGAUCGCUAAAAACACACGUCAGAAAGAGAGCGUUCUGAAAACACACAAGGGGGCCGGAAAUACACUUUAUCACUAUAUGACAGAAACCCCUGACAGGGAGGCAAAUCUCGUCAUUACGCUUAUCCGGAGACUUGUGGAAGGCAGACACUACUCCUACGGCGACAUCGCGGUAUUCUACCGUACGCACCAAUUGGCAGAAACGUUAGCCGAUCGACUGCACCAAGAGCGCAUUCAAUUUCAGCGCAUUGGUCGAACGAACUCUUUUCAAGAGGAACAUGCACAGGGGAUUCUCUCCUAUCUGAACUUCAUUCAGUGGCAACUCCCCCGCGAUAUUGAAAAGGCAGUCAAUUUUCCGCAGCAGCUAAUUGACGACCUAACGCUAGUCCGGUUAAAAUGGCUCGCACAACAGAAAGAUAUCACGCUGAUUGAACUGCUCAGAAAGAUUGAUGACUAUCGAGAUGAUGUAGGUCCCCUCACCCGUUGGAACGUGCGUCAAUUCUUCCAACAGAUUGAUCAUUUUCAUGAAAGAAUCGAAGAGGAAAAGAUCCUCACGAUUGCGAACCGACUCUUCGAUCUCCUUUCCUACAGACGCAGCCCGUACCAGUCCGAAGACAUGCACGAGAUCGAAAAUCAACCGGAAAUCCCCGGACUUCGCGCUGCGACGGAUACCCUGUAUAGCGCGAUUGACCGUGGGGAUCCCAUCCACCUGAUGGCAAGCUACGGGGUUGAUUCCCACUGCGCUGCCCACAUGAUCGGCAGCACUCUAGAACAAUACCUCAACCUCUCGAUUGAUAUAGAGCUGCUCCCUCUCGACUCGUCCCUGACCCCGACAAUGGACGAAAGCGGAGUCAAUAUCCUAAUCGGCGACUUUGGAGAACUGCCUGAACGCAAAGGGACAACAAUCUUACUCGGCUCCGCGUUUUUGAGUUUCAUCCAAGAUCGCAUCCUCAUCGGACACAAUAUCGCUGAGUUUGAUAACCCUGUGCUUGAACGCGACCUUGGGCGAUAUUUGAAACGUGGACUCUCCAAUCCAUACUACGAUACCCUUACCACGGCGCAACGCCUCUACCCACGCGAAAGCUGUAGUUUAGAAGCGCUCUCCACUAAAUUCAAGAUCGAACAUGACACCAUGCACCGAGCGAUUGAAGACGUACAGGUCAACCGCGAUGUGUUUGAUGAACUGAUCAAGGAGGAUCUACGCCGCCGUGAAGCAAGAUCGCUGCCCGAACUCGUACCGCUGGUCGGUAUUGGAAUACUUGCUGCACAAGAGGAGCAACAGGACAUCGGAAUAAACGAAGAAAUAGAAGGUGGAAUAAAGACCUAUUGCCAAGCUGCUGCGCGCUAUAUUCGGACACAUCGUCCGGAUCUAGACUGGCUAGAAGCAGAUCUGCAACCUACGGAGAGACAAUCGGUUCAAGAUUUCAUCAAUACACUGAAGCAGAUGCAGAUUGAGGAAUCACCAGAAGACAGGGAUUGGGAGGCGAGGCGCGCAAGGUUCAUGAACGGCGUUUUACAUUUUGAAACUACCAGUGUUGAAAGACGCCUCACCGAUUUUCUCGAUUAUCAGAAGCUGAUCAACAGUGCCGAUGAAGUAGAGGUUGAAACGGACAAGAUUACGUUGAUGACGCUCCACGCAGCAAAGGGAACGGAGUUUCCGGUCGUGGUCAUUAUCCUAGGACUAGAGGACGGACAUUCCCGAUUCGACGCCCAGACCAGCCACUAUCGGAACUUGAGGAGGAACGCCGCCUGUUCUACGUCGCCGAACGAGGGAGAGAUUUACUUUCGGGAUGAGCCGGUUAACAUCAACAACCCACGUACUGCUAUUAAACUCGGCAUCGGCAUGGUGCAGCAGCACUUCACACUUAUCCCUGCAUUGACUGCUCUCGAAAAUAUCGUCCUAGCAAAAGAGCCACGUCGAUUCAAAACCCUUCUCGAUACCGCGACAGCGCAUCGUGCCAUCACAGGGCUCGCUGAACAACUCGGUUUCCAUCUCGACCUGAAUGCGAAGGUGGAAUCCCUCCCGAUUGGCGGACAGCAGUAUGCGGAAAUCCUCAAAGCCCUUUAUCAUGGUGCAGAGACCUUAAUCCUUGAUGAACCGACAGCGGUCCUUGCGCCGCAGGAGGUUACUGGGCUAUUUGACUGUCUGCGCGGGUUGAAAGCGGAGGGAAAGAGCGUUAUUCUGAUUACUCACAAACUCGGUGAAGUCAUGGCGGUUGCCGAUACAAUUACGGUGAUGCGUAGUGGCAAAUCUGUUGCAUCACUUCCCAAAGCGGAAACGGAUGCCGCCAAAUUGUCCGAGUUGAUGAUUGGCAAGAAAAUUUUCAACAGUAUAACAACUCAGAAAAGAUCCGAUAAACCUAGCGAACCUAUGCUGCAUCUGGAAGGUGUCACGCUUCGCGCCAAGAACGGACGCGCCCCUGUUAGAUGGGGUUGGUCUCGACGUUUUCGCAGGGGAGAUUGUAGGGAUCGCAGGGGUGGAGGAAACGGACAAAACGAACUUAUUGAGGUACUGACAGGAUUGCGGAAAAGCGAUAGCGGCACCAUCACGCUCAAUGACGAGUCGAUUGUGAACCGAUCGCCGGCUGAGAUUCGACGGAAGCGUGUGGUGCAUCUGCCCGCCGACCGCCAUCGGCACGGCAUCAGUCUCGAUGACCGGGUUGAUGAAAAUCUGAUUCUCGGCAGCCACAAUCAACUUCCAUUUUGCCGGCAUGGACUGAUAAAACAGAAAGCUGCCCAUCAAUUUGCAGAUGACAUGAUUGAAAAGUACGAAAUCCGUGCCGGGGGUGUAAAUCUUCCAAUUCGGACCCUCUCCGGCGGCAAUCAGCAGAAGGUAGUUGUGGCGCGCGAGUUGGAAGGCGAUCCCGAACUAAUCAUUGCAGCACACCCCACGCGCGGGCUGGACAUCAACGCCGCUCAGUUUGUGCAUCAACAGUUGAUCGACGCCCGAAACCGGUCCAAGGGUAUUCUACUCAUCUCCGCCGAUUUGGAGGAACUCUUGAGCCUGAGCGACCGAAUUGCGGUUAUGUAUAAUGGGCGAAUUACCGGUAUUCUUCAGCCAUCGGAGACAAACGAAUCGCAGCUUGGAGAACUGAUGCUUGGGAAUUCCAAUAUGAAUAUAGUUCAGGUUGAAAACGUUAGUAAGCACUUUGGAGAAUUCAAAGCCGUUGACAACGUUUCCUUUAAUAUUGAAAAAGGAUCUGUGUACGGCUUGCUGGGGCCCAACGGUGCUGGGAAAACGACCACUAUCCGAAUGAUUAUGGAUAUCAUUGCGCCGGAUUCAGGGCAGAUUAUCUUCAGCGAAAAUCAGCAGAGCAGAGAUUUUGCAGACCAAAUUGGCUAUCUGCCAGAAGAGCGAGGACUUUAUCGAAAGAUGAAGGUGAAGGACGUGAUCCUGUUCAUGGCGGAGUUAAGAGGUAUGAAUCGUACAGAUACCUUCAAUGAGAUAGAUCGGUGGCUCCAGAAGAUGGAUUUGACCGAGUGGAAAAAUAAAAAGAUCGAAGAGCUAUCGAAGGGCAUGGCGCAGAAGAUCCAAUUUAUCGCCACCGUUAUCCACAAACCUGAGUUAAUUAUCCUCGAUGAACCCUUCUCCGGUCUGGACCCUAUCAAUAUGACGCUGCUGAAAGAUCUGAUGCUUGAGACUUAA